AUGGAGGCAGAACCGUGUCCAAUAUUCACAGAGGUUGUCAAUUAUUAUGACAAUCCUAGGAACUUCCGAGCUGUGCAGCCGCUUCCUUUCAACGUGAACCUGCAGCACCUGAGCUGGGAGAUGCUGGAAGCAACCCGUUUGAGGCGGCUGGGGAUUCCCGUGCGCUUCUCCAGACACUGCAACAUUAUCUACAACAGUCAGGUGGCUGUGGAAAACGCCGCAAACAGCGCUCAGCAAACAACAGCGACGCCAUGUGCCAGUAUGUCCUUGAAGAAAACGAAAAGAUUCAGCAGCAACUCACUGUCGCCAUUUUUCACCUACGAGAAGAAAACGUGUGGCUACUUCUUCUCACGUGACACUGACAACCGGAAGAGCAAUUUCGGCAUUCCUGCCAGCGAUGUGUCGGCCUGGAGACACACUGCACUGGAAAAUCUGUGUCACCUUCGCUAA